AUGGUUCUCGGCGUGGCCAUGAUGGCGGCGAUGCUGCCGACCAUGAUUGGCCUGAAUGAAGCUACCCAAGGGAGCCGAGACCAGGAGGAGAACCGGCGCAAAACCGCCCGCAAGCAGCGUACCCAUUUAGUGGCCACAUGCUCCCUCAGUCAAGGCACGCCAGAGACGCGUCGACAGAUCCAAAAUGCCCAGAUCCAAGUGGGUCUGGAUGGUAAGCUCUACAUUACGAAAAACCCAAGCAGCUCGAUGGUCCCCUUCAAUGGCGGCUUUUAUACACACCCCGACUUCCCACCGGGCAACACGGCGGGCUUGGUAACCAUCAGUGGUGAAGAAGCCCCGACGCUCCGAUGGGUGUUUUUGGAUGCGGAAACCCACGAGAUGCGGUGGGGCGGGCGGCCCGAUUCCGAAGGUCACAUCUGUGGGCCCUUCGAUUGGACGAGCGAUGAACAGUUCGUGACGCUGGAAGGCUGGGAAGGGUGGCUGGCUGUGCGGCUGCCGGAAGACGACGCGCAGGAUGUGAUCCACCAGGAGCUUGGGAUCGUCGAGGGCCGCGAGGUGUGGCGAUUGUACUUUGACCGGAACGACAAUGGGGCUGAUCUGCCCCCAGGUUCAAAAGGACUAGAGAUCCAGCUAAAACGAACUACUGCCGAGUCAUGA